AUGUUAGGCACAGCUACAAGACGAACAACUACAAUAAGGCUAGCAAUGACAGCAGCAACAACUGAAACAACAACUGAAACAACAACUAUAACAACAACAACUACAACAAUAAUAACAACAACAACUGCGACAACAACUACAACAAUAACUACAACAACAACUACAACAAUAACAACUACAACAACAACAACUACAACAAUAACUACAACAACGACAACCAUGACAACAACAACAACAACAACAACAACAACUACAGCAACUACAACAACAACAACUACAACAACAACAACUACAACAACAACAACAACGACAGCAACAACAACUACAAUAACAACUACAACAACAACAACAACGACAGCAACAACAACUACAACAACAACUACAACAACAACAACUACAACAAUAACUACAACAACAACAACGACAACCACGACAACAACAACAACUACAACAAUAACUACAACAACGACAACCAUGACAACAACAACAACAACAACAACAACAACUACAACAACAACAACUACAACAACAACAACGACAGCAACAACAACUACAAUAACAACUACAACAACAACAACAACGACAGCAACAACAACAACAACAACAACAACAACAACAACAACAACAACUACAACAAUAACUACAACAACAACAACGACAACCACGACAACAACAACAACUACAACAACAACAACUACAACAACAACUACAACAACAACAACGACAGCAACAACAACUACAACAACAAUUACAACAACAACAACUACAACAACAACCACGACGACAACAACAACAACUACAACAACUACAACAACUACAACAACAACAACGACAACAACAACUACAACAACAACCACGAUAACAACAACAACUACAACAACAACGACAACCACGACAACAACAACCACAACAACAACAAAAACGACUACAACUACAACCACAACAACUACUAGUUCUAUCACGACAACAACUACUACAAGUCCAGGUUGUAAUGUUUGUUAUGUUACUACUACUCCUGGUAAUAAUAAUCGUACUUGUAAUAAUUUUUGUGGUACUCGUACUUGUACUACUAUUACAACAGGUACAUCCACUACCAACUGUAAUGGUAAUUUUAAUCGUCCUUGUAACAAUGUUAUGGUUUUACUUGUUGUUGUGUGCAGUCACAAGGAGAAUAAAGAUAUGAAACGUAUUAUUGAUGAUAUUAUUAAUCAAAUUUUACCAGUGAAAAGUUUUCGUUGUAAUGUAACUUGUUUACUUGAUUUACCAGAUGACAUUCUCUUAAUGAUCUGCCGUUAUUUAUCAACAUAUGAUGUUUUUCAUUGUUUUUAUACACCUGAAAGAUUAAAUUCGAAUUUUCAUUGUUUGGUUUAUGAUUAUUAUACAAAGAUCAACCUUGGUUCAAUAGCAUUUGAUAAACGUGAUUAUUUGUUCAAUUUAUUUUCUCAUCCAAAUAAUCCUCUUCGACCUAAAUCAUUAAUAUUAAAUAAUGAACAUGGAUUUUAUUUAGAUAAACAUUAUUUCUUUUCUUUACAUAAUAAUAUAAUUCAAUCAGUACUUAUAAAUUUGACACAUCUUACUUUAAUCAAUUGUACUUCAACUGAUCUUAAUAUUAUCAAGAACUAUUAUAAGGAUUUCACAAAACUUGAAUAUUUUCAUGCUACUGUUCACGAAUGUUAUACAAAAUCAGAACUUAGUCACAUAGAUCAGAGUGAUAUACCAUUCAAUAAAUUAUUAUUCGCUGGUCGAAUGUGUACUCUACAUAUAGUUAUCUUCGAAACAUUUUAUGGACUUUCAUUGUAUAAAACUUUAAAACCUCAUCAAAGUCUUCGUCAUUUUAAUAUUGUUUUACAAAAAAUUGAUGAUUUAUAUAUAUUAAUCAGUGAACUUGUGCCAAACAUCGAAACACUUAUUGUUCAAUUGCGUGAAUCAGGCCUAUCAACACGGUAUCGUCCUCAAUGCCAAGUAUCGUGUCCUCGAUUGAUUGAUUUUACAUUAUUGGAAAUUUCUACUAAUAUAAAUCUUGACGAUAUUGAAUCUAUACUUGGUUACAUGCCUAAUCUUCGUAAAUUAACAUUGAGCAUUCGUGAUACACCUGAUUCAAGAUUUACUGAAGGAUCAACAAUGGAACAUAUGCUAAUGAAACAGGUUCCUCGUCUUGAUCAAUUUGAUUAUACAAUGACGCAUCGAAUUGGUAAUCAAAUACCAAUUGAUGAUUUUACUCUAUGGACGAUGGAUAUUGUUUUUUAUGAAAACGAAAAUACUAGAUGGAUACAUUUGUUUUCACUUCCAUGGCCAUCAAAUCAGCAAGAUAAACGAGAAGUACCUAUCAUCAACGGUAAAUACAAUAUUUCAAUUACAUCAGAUGUUAAAUAUACCCACAAUAUCAAUCAUAUUAAUAUUACAACGAAUGAUGAAAUGUUAGAGAUCAAUGAAAAAUCUAGUCGAGUCCGUGAACUUACAACUUGUUUAUCAAUUAAUAUCGAAUUACCACGAAAUAUUUCUAGAUUAAUUCUCAGUGUACAAGCACCUGUUAGUUCGAUAAACUCUAUUCCACAAGAAUAUAUUUAUAAUUUAGUUGUUGAACGUCGUUUAAUAGAUGAAAAUGAAAUUAAUGUACUUGCUCACCAAUUUCCACGUGUAAAAAAUUUAGAAUUAUUAUUUCCAUUGGAAAAAACUUCGUGUCUUCGUUGUUUACAAACUCUUUUUCGUCUUGCUGAUAAUACUGGAAAACGUUGUUUUUGGUCUGAAAUGAUUAACUUUCAUACAAAAUUUACUCAUGGUCAACCAUGCUGGAUUUGGAACAAUGACGAAUUUCACCAUUGGCUUCUUUCAAAUACUGAUCUGAAAUUUCGACCAAAUCAAUUCUAUAUUUCGGUUUCGGGUUCAAUAUUUUCUAUUUGGCUUUGA